AGAUUUGAUGUAUUGGCCACGUUCCCUUUGUCCAAUUUAACAAAGCAGACAAAAAAAUGAAAUUGUGACAAAAUAUAAAAACUGUAAUUUGUUUGAAGAAUUUGAAACCAUUUGUAAUUCGAGUUUAAUAAUUAAAUGGUGUUUUUAAUACAGAAUUUAUCUAAAAAUAUUACUCAGAGUGAAUUGUAUAUUUGAUUAAAGUGUAUAUCGAAAUGGAUGUCGAUACAGAUGGCAGGAAGUCUCGAUCCCGUAGUAGAUCUGUGGAUUCAGAAAUGUCUCAUGAUGGUUCCACACACUCAAGAAAAAAAUCCAGAUCAAAAUCUCGUUCUCGGUCCCGCAGCAUAUCACAUUCUCCCUCCAAGUCCAGAUCUAGAAGUGGGUCACAUACGUCUUCACGCUCAAAGUCUGGCUCGCCGGCUCGUUCUAGAAGCAGUAGCCCUGCAAAGUCUAGGUCCCGAAGUGGGUCACCGGCUAAAUCAAGAUCUCGUAGUGGAUCACCUGCGAAAUCUAGAUCCCGAAGUAGUUCCCAUGCGAAAAGUCGUACUCGGAGCGAAUCGCGGGCCGAGGCUCGUUCUAGAAGCGGCUCGUUAAAGUCUCGCAGCAGAUCACGAAGCGGUUCGAGAUCUAAGUUCAAUAGCGCUUCCCAAAGAACAUCUCGCAGCGUCACCCCAAAAGUUGACAAGAGAGACAACAGAAGCAAGUCAGACUCCCCUGCCAACUUAGAGAUUGAUGAAGAUGCAACCAGCGCGAGGAGAUCGCGCAGUGGCUCUAAAGAAAGGAGAUCAAGAUCCAAAUCUGCUGAGCGGCAAAGAAAAAGUAGGUCACAUUCGAGGUCCCAGCCACGAAAAUCACGAUCUCGUUCGCAUUCCAAAUCGCGUUCUCGCUCUAAAUCCCGCUCCAAAUCUCAUUCUCACUCUAAAUCCCGCUCCAAAUCUCAUUCUCACUCUAAAUCCCGCUCCAAAUCUCAUUCUCACUCUAAAUCCCGCUCCAAAUCGCGCUCUCGUUCUAAAUCCCGCUCCAAAUCGCGUUCUCGCUCCAAAUCCCAUUCUCGCUCCAAAUCCCAUUCUCGCUCUAAAUCCCGCUCCAAGUCCCGUUCUCGCUCUAAAUCCCGAUCCAAAUCUCUCAUUAAAUCUCGUUCGAGAUCGAAGUCUAGGUCUCGUUCCAAGUCUCGCUCCGUGUCUCGAUCGCGCUCGAGGUCGCGCUCCGGCUCCAAGUCAGUGCGGUCAAGGUCCCAAUCAAGGUCCAGUUCUCGUUCCGGCUCCGGGUCGCCCUCGCGCAGGGGUAAAAAACGGCGAGCUGUUCGACUCGAUUCUGAUGAUGAAGGAGAGCCCAAGCGAGCCCGAGACGAGGGAGACGAGGCGCCCGAGGUGGAAGGGGAGGGGCGCGUGCUGGACGCGGAAGCAGCGCAGCCCGACAGCUCCGACGAUGACAUCGCACCCGACUCUAAGAGUGCGGAGGCGGCGGGCGGGCUGUCUGACUUCGAGGUGAUGUUGGCGCGCAAGCGGGACGAGCGGCGAGGCCGGCGGCGGCGCAGGGACAUCGACAUCAUCAACGACAACGACGACCUCAUCGCGCAGCUGCUGCAGUCCAUGAGGCAGGCGGCCGACGAGGACAGGGAGCUCAAUCGCAAGAACCAACCCGCCGUGAAGAAGGUGUCCAUGCUGAAGACGGCCAUGUCGCAGCUGAUCAAGAAGGACCUGCAGCUGGCCUUCCUGGAGCACAACGCGCUCAACGUGCUGUGCGACUGGCUCGCGCCCAUGCCCAACCGCGCGCUGCCCUGCCUGCUCAUCCGCGAGACCGUGCUCAAGCUGCUCACCGACUUUCCGCCCAUAGACAAGUCGUUGCUGAAGCAGUCCGGCAUCGGCAAGGCCGUGAUGUACCUCUACAAGCACCCCAAGGAGACCAAGGCCAACAGAGAGCGAGCCGGCCGACUCAUCUCCGAGUGGGCCAGGCCCAUCUUCAACCUCUCCACAGAUUUUAAAGCCAUGACGCGGGAAGAGCGACAGGCACGAGAUGAAGCCAUGGCGGGCGGGCGGCGGCGGGAUGACCCCGGACCCUCCGCCAGCGCGCAAGACGAACCCAGGGCGCGGCGGCCGGGCGAGGCGGGCUGGGUGGCGCGCGCGCGGGUGCCGCAGCCCUCCACCAAGGACUACGUGUACCGACCCAAGUCCACCUGCGACCUGGACAUGUCCCGGACCACUAAGAAGAAGAUGACCCGCUACGAGAAGCAAAUGAAGAAGUUCGUGGAUCAGAAGCGACUGAAGAGCGGCUCGCGGCGCGCGGUCGAGAUCUCCAUCGAGGGCCGCAAGAUGGCGCUGUGAGCCGCCAGCCCCAUUCAUGUAAUCGCUUGUGCUCUACUAGGUACACCGACUCUAUAUAGUUCAUUAUAGUAAAUAGAAGUAUGUCAAAUGAACGUUGCAGUAAACAGACACUACGGACGUGGCCCGGGGGAGGCCGAGUCGUACUUUACACUAUGUUAAAAUGUAUUGUGACAGUUUUGAUUUCAACAGGAAAAAUACAAUGCGUUGUAUUAACACUGUAUAUAGUUACUUAUCGACCGAGUGCUUUACUGAAGUCGAUUUUUAAGGAAUAAAUUAUAAACAGAACAUCUUAUAAUUUGUUGUGAAACUUUUGAAUUCUGCCUCGAACGGGGCGGUCUUCUUAAACCAGUGAUGACGCGUCACACGUUGGCGCCGUGGGAGGCGGUGACGCGCGCGUGUGACGUCACGCGCGUGGCGCCGCGCGCGCUCGGCCAGGGAACGGAGCGGCCGCUCGCCGGCGCUGCUAAUAUGUGAUGUUACUUUUAAGUUAACAAUAAAUAAGUUUUAAAAAUUAUAA